GUAAAAAAACAAAUGACUAACAAUACCUACCUAUUUUACUCGAAACGAAAAUUUACUACAUUCAUUUGUUAUUUUAGGAUUUUCUGGUUGCUCUUCGUAGCACUGUCUUGGUAUGCGUCUUUUCUAUUGAUUGUGGCUCAAUAUGAUGCGUUCCAAAACAAUCCGAUUUCUUUCGUGGUGGAGACCACAUACAAAGAUUGGAAUACCGAGUUUCCAUCGGUAGCCGUCUGCGAAAACGACAACACCAAACGUAUCGAAGAAAUAUCAGAUGAGUUAUGGGGAACAGAACACGAUUUCAAUAUGGAGGAAGUACUGAAAGAACUGGCAUAUUUUAAGGGCAUAACAUAUUAUACUUCUGAAUUUUGUGGACUGGAAAAUCCUCUGCCGGACUGUCCUCAGAGCAAUCUUAUUCAAUACGCUAACAUGUUUGUACAAAUUAAGGUCAGAAGUAAAUGUGAAGACACGCUUACGAACUGCUCAUGGAAUGGACGCAGGUUUCGGUGUUGCGAUUACUUUAGACCUAUGGAUACCGAACUCGGCAGGUGCUAUGCUAUUAAUACGAUUCAAGGAAGAGAAAAGAAUCCUCCAAAACUGCCGAUGAUCAGUAAUAGAACUACAGGACCUGGGAUGAUAAAAUUCGACUUGAUGGUGACAGCCAACAUCUACGUACUCAACGAGGAGGACGUCCCUUCACUCACCACCAUGAGCUCUGACGUCAUGUCCAUUGGCCCAGAAAUGACGCAAAGACGUCUAAUCACAAUACGCAACAUUGACAACGACGCGAGCGCUCGCCUCAUCGCUCCAGAAAAACGAAAAUGUCGGUACACUGACGAGAAUUCUCUUGAUGUAUACCGCCACUACUCAUACACUGCCUGUACAGUGCAGUGCAGGAAAAAUGCACAGUUACGAGUCUGUAACUGCACGAACUUUUUUAUGCCUAAAGUGCCGGACCAUCAGAAAUGCAACGUCUCUGGUGUCAUAUGCCUGAAUGACCAAGUCAACAUUCUGUCUGUUCUGAAAGCGAAAUGGUCAUCCCGCGCCGGUUUAUACUGCAACUGCUUGCCAUCUUGUACUGAGGCGGAGAUAACCAUCGUGAAGGACUUCAAGACCACCACUUCUGAGAACUUCGCUACAGUGGAAAUAGGCCUGGCCAUGUUACCAAGCGAGAAGUACAAGAGAAACGUUGUGCGCGGGGCCUUGGACUUAGUUGUAUCUACAGGAGGCACAUGGGGUCUUUUCUUGGGCGCAAGUAUUCUGAGCUUUGUAGAGUUAUUCUACAUUUUGCUGUUUAGACCGUUUUGCGAUGUGUACAGCCAACGCAACGACGAUCCCUGGUACAGAAAGUUUGGCACAAGGAAGCUUGAGGACAACAAAUUCGUUCCGAAUCUCGACUGGAGUUACAAGACAAAGACACAACAGGAGAAAAUCGAGCAAAUUAACACGUAA